AACUUCAACAUGCUGAACAACAGUUUGCCAAUAGGUGCUAACACUCCAGGAAACCCACCGUUAAGCAUUUCUACCCGAGGUGGUCUCGACUACAUGCGCAAGAUAUCGUGCAAAUACCAUCGGAUCCGAGAACUGUACAAUCGCUACAAAGAAAACGUUAGUGGUGAGUUGAUACGUUUGCUCGGUUGCGGUAAACAGGAACAAUGGUUGCAGGUAAGGUCGGACAUCGAGAACUUUACCGACUCCUGGCACGCUCUGGUUCUGAAGUGUGUCAGCAUCAUUUCUUCAAGGUCUCAUUACGCCAACGUACUGAUCGCUUCGUCGUCCCUGAUUCCAGCCUAUGCGAAGUUGCUGCUCUACGGAAUGGCGUCGUUCUUUCCCUUGGAGAAUGUCUACAGCUCAGUGAAAAUCGGAAAGGAAGCGUCAUUGCAACGCAUACUCAGCAGAUAUGGCAAGAAAUGCACCUACGUCAUAGUGGGCGAUGGCCGUGAUGACGAGAUCGUGGCAAAGCAGGCAAAGACUUUUCUGCAGUUCCCGUUAUGGAGGGUGACCGUGCAUUCGGACCUGGUCGCCUUGCAUCACGCGCUGGAGCUGGGGCAUCUGUAA